AGCAAGAAUUUGGGGGCAGUCAGUUUUUCUUCUCAGCGUUGCGUCUUAUCGCAGAAAAGUAAGACUUGGAUCUGUUCAAACAGCAUGAAGUGAACCUCACCCAGCAGGGCGGCUCUGUAUUGAUGGCCUCGGUCUGGCUGGUAUGCCCUGGCAAACAACAAAACCGCCAGCCAGCAUCUUUUGUCUAGCCCCAGCUCCCCUCCCUCGUCAACAAAAUAAAUACUGAACCCGAGGAGUUCGGGCCGUUACUACAGCAGCAGCGGCUGCAGGAAGAGGAGGGACUAGCGGUGCUGCGGCAGACGGGCUUUGGCACUGGGGCCGUCGGAAAAGCUGCUUCAUCGUCGUUUCCACCCUGCCCCUUUCGGCGGCUGCCUUGCAGUUCGCGCAGCGUCCCGUAAACAGCCCACAGGGGGAGGAGGGCAAACAAAGUGCGACGCCGAGCGAAGGAAGGCGCCUCCUCAGCUGUCAUGUCUCAGCCUACGAAAGGCAAAAAGUCUUCCAAAGCGAGCAGAACGCAUGGUGAUAAAAAUGCAGGUGGAGCAUCUGGAGACAAAAAAGGAACAGAAGCAGCAGAGAAGAAACCUACAAGUACUGGCACCACUGAACCUUCUAAAACACACACAAGUGGAACACCUUCCAUCAGUAAGACCAAGUCAUCUUCCACUGCAGCAACAAAGACACCUGCCAUGAAGCCUUCUGAAACAAAGUCAAAAGCAAAAAUGGAACCUGGAAAAGCAGCACAGUUAAGCAAGCCACCUGAUUCUCAGACAAAACAGCCAUCAGAAGAGAAGCAGAAAGACCCUGGAGGGGCACAAAGUCCAACCAAACCUUCUGUGGUAGCAGAACCUAAACAAUUAAGUACAGGAAAAGCAGCUGCUGGUCAGGUUGACAAGUCACCAAAGGAACCAUUAAAAGAAGAGCCAAAGUUUAAAUCUGAUGACAAAUCAUUGUCCACUAAGGCAGCUGCUGCCACAGCUGGAGCAGAUGCUGCUGGUUUGACUUCUGCAGCUGCAGAGAGUAAAGAAAAUAAAUUGGCAGCCACAACUCCAGCUGCUGCAGGAACAGACGGUAAAUCAUCUGAAAAGUCUGCCUUAGAUGAUUUAAUAGAUUCACUGGGAAGUCCUGAAGGAAAUGAACCACCAAGUCCUGCAUAUACUGGACCACAUGUUUCGGACCCAAUGUCAUCCUUGUAUAUAGAAGAGCUUGGCAUACGAGAGAGCACCAUUCCUCCAGAGUAUAGAAAACUAUUGGAAGGAGAUGGUAAAGUAGUGCCCCCACCAGCAGCAAAGGAAGAAUCUCAGCCAACUAUGACAGAUGAUGACCUUGCAGAUGCUCUGUCAUCUGAUUUUACUUGCAGUGCUGUCCCAAGCGCUGGAGACAUGAAAGCCACACCAGAAGAGAAGCCUGCAGGAGAUAGUGAACUUGUGCAAGCCCAGUCUACAAAUCUGGUCAGCAGUUCAGCUCCUCCUAAAGAGAAGAAACCAAAGCUGGAAGAGGAGGAAAUCAGCGGUAGUGCCCUGGAUGCUCUUGUAGAUACACUUGGCAUGCCAGAACCAGAGCCUGAAGUAGACCUCAGUUCCAUCGUGGAAGUUGAAGAGCCAAAAGCCAAAGAAAAGAAAGAAAAGAAGCCUGGUGAACGAGAUGAUGCCAUUCCUCCAGAAUACAGGUUAAAACCAGCUAUGGAUAAAGAUGGGAAGCCCUUGUUGCCAAAACCUGAAGAAAAACCUAAGCCUGUUAGUGAAUCUGAUCUAGCUGAUGAAUUUUCCAAAGAUUUUGUCUGUCCUGCUCCUCCUGCAGAAAAAACAAAACCAUCCAAACCUACUAAUGUGACUGAGAAAUCUGCAGCUGCUGAACCCCAAAAAGUGCCUAAAGAAAAAGUGGAUGAUUCUACUGCUGUUCCUCCAGUGCAAUCUUCUGCUGCAUCAGUAGUUUCUACACCUUCAUCAGCUGAACCAAAAAAACCUCCUACAGAAGAGGUGAUAUCCACAACUUGUGUUUCUUCUGUUCAGUCUUCAGCUCCAUUGGCAACUUCUCCAAGUGCACGUGUACCUGAUGAUGUGUUGGAAGCCUUAUCUGGAAGUCUAGGGGGGAAAGAGCCUGAUCUAGAAGAAAAAAAGCCAGCUGUGGAUAAAGUGAAGGAAAAAGCAAAGCAAAAAGAGCAUGACAAACUUGGGGAAGAUGAAGAAACCAUCCCCCCUGAUUAUAGAUUCAUUGAAGCAAAGGAUAAAGAUGGGAAGCCUCUUUUACCAAAACCUGAAGAAGAAUCUCAACCCAUCAGUGAAAGUGAGCUUCUUGAUGCCUUGUCAGAAGAUUUUUCUUGUUCUUCAGCACCAGCAUCAAAGGCUGAACCUCAAAAACCUACCACUGUUAGCAAGCCCCCUUCUGAAGAAAUUGUUUCUUCUGCUUCAGCUUCUUCAGUUCAUUCAUCAGCUCCAUCACCAGUAGCUGUCCCGAGUAGGAAAGAACUUGAUGAUGCUGCAGAUCUUCUUGCAGACUCACUGGGGCAAAGAGAACCUGACCCAGAUGAAAAUAAACCAGUUGUGGAUAAAGUAAAGGAAAAGGCCAAAUCUGAACAUAAAGACAAACUUGGGGAGAGAGAUGAUACAAUCCCUCCUGAUUAUAGGCAUCUUCUGGACUCAGAUGAGAAGGGCAAGCCUGCAAAGCCAACAGGCAAGGAUGGUGAGAAACCCAAAGAAGAUAAGAAGCCAGCUGAUGACUCAGCAGCUAUUGAUGCACUUUCUGGAGAUUUUGAUAGUUGUGGGAAACCUGUAUCUCAGCAACCACCAACGAAGGGUGAAAAAGCAAAAGAUACUGCCUCAUCUAAAUUAGCUACAAAGGAUGAAAAGAAACCUAAAGCUUCCAAAAAGGCAAAGGAGCCGUCUUCCAGUGCAAAAUCUGAAAAACAAAAAAAAAGUUAAACGUCACUGGGCAUUCCAUCACUAGUGCAAAAACUCUUCAUUUUGAUGGUGGAUAGCUGCACGAACAACAAAAAGCUAUUCUUCAGAAGCAAAGAUUAUUUCCUGGGUGGUUUUGGUAUUUGUGGUAUUUCGAUAUUUUGCCAUGCCAGGCAUACAUUUUGCUAUUUUCAAGGAUAAACUAACUUUUUCUAGUCAUUUUAUUGUCUUUAUGUUGUGAUUUUUCUUCACCUGAGAGGGAAGGGGGAUGCUUUAUAUUUGUAAGAAAUGUAUUUCCUAUGAAUUUAAUAGCAAUGCAAAAAGUCUGCAGUUUUGCACACAAUCCACACGCAGUGCCUGUAAAUCUCAGUAGAAUCCACAAUAUCUGCGCUACAAUUUUUUUAGUCUAAUGAACACAGUAAACAUGCUGGAAUGAAGUUUGGAUAUUAUCUGCCUAUGGGUAUUUCUUUGGGAGAGCAGUUAGUAUAGAGUGAAUGGUAAAAGCAAAAAUUAAAAGUGGAAGCAAAGUAGAAGCUGUUCCUCAUCCUCAGCUUCCAACUAUAUAAUACUGAAUAUGAACAGCACCAUUAGUAUUUUAAGUUUAAAUCUUGCAUUUCUCUCUCCACUUUUGGUAUCCUUUUGCUGCCUCUUCUAACAGCUUCCAGGGGGGAAAAUCAACAGUGUAUCAGAAUUAUCAAAGAAAAAUAGUGGUACUUCAGAAGAGAUGCAAUUUUGCAGUAUCCGUUUCAUUCUGUGAUUGAUAUAACUGCACGAGCCAAUCCAGUGACAGAAUAUAUCUAGUUCAACAUGUUACACUGGUUCUCCUUCCUCCCAUCUAAGGAAUUCAGAUGACCCAGCAGUUGUUUCCUGAUGUGUAUGUUCAUAGCACAGCUGCUUGGGAGGUGUUUUGUGCAUUCAUUCUGGAUGCAGUACUUGUUCAGAUUUCUACCCCACAAUGGUAUUGUUUGCAGUAAGAGUGGCUAUGACUCUAACAGCAGAUUCUGACAUGCGUUGCAUGUUGAGUAGCAAAUCUUCACAUUGAUUUGUAGAACAAAGUACUAUUUCUUGUUGGUAAAAUAGUCAAAGUCUGCCCCACUAGCUAGUUUACUAGAUCACCAUUGACAGAUACAAAGGUCACAGGAUCAUCCAUGCAAACCCUUUUGAACUGAAUGGGUGUUCAGGCAUGGCUCUUUUGUACCAUACUGCCUGUUUAUUUCUAUGCAGAGAUUCUCAGUAAACUGUUUCUUUCAUCCUGAGGAAUAACAGAAUUCUGAUUUGUCCUUGCCGAUUUCUAAUGCUCAUACUAUCUGUAUUUUAAAGUCUGCACUGAGAUUGUGUUACACUAAUAAAGUUCUUAGAAUGUA